GCGGACGAAAGGUGUUGCAGAUUGUCAAGCUAUGUCGAUCAGAUGUAAUAUUUUACUAUCUGUUGGACUACCUGCCUCACAUAAGCGCCAAAGAUGGCGGAAAGGUGGGAGUGGGUGGAGAUUAUUGAACCCCAGACGAAGGAGCAUAUGUAUGCUAACCUGACCACUGGGGAGUGUGUCUGGGAUCCACCGCAGAAUGUCAAAAUCAAGAAAACAGAUGACAAUCAGUGGUGGGAGCUGUUUGACCCGAACACGUCGCGCUUCUACUACUACAACGCCACCAGUCAGACGACCGUCUGGCACCGCCCACAGAACUGUGACAUCAUUCCACUGGCCAAACUCCAGACCCUCAAACAGAACACAGAAGUGAAGGGCAAUGAAGAGGCUGCUCGGAUUACAUCAGUCAAACGGGAAAUUGGCACUCAGACUCCAGUGACCACACCUCGCCGGGAGCAUGUUAGAAAGGGAUCUCUCAAGUCCAACAGUGACUCGCAGACAAGUCCCAGAGGAUCAAGGAAGCAACGCUACAACCGCCAGGAUUCCACUUCAUCACACAGCAGUUCGAGUCGUCAAGACAGCGUAGAGCACCAGGUGAACGGCGACCGGGUGAGGAGGCGGGGCAGCCAGGGCAGUCAGUCGUCUUCCCAGGGAGGUUACCCGCCUGUGUCUACAGUCCACCCCAGCAUUGUGAGGCGUGAUUCUUUUGAGAUGCCCCCUAGGACUAUUAUCGAUUCUCCACGACCAACACGGUCAAGAUCGUUGCACAAAACUGCCAGUGACAGCAAUGUUCCGCGACGUGGUGGCAGUUGUCGGGUACACGAUGCCGGCAUUGCUUUACAAGAUGACAACUGUAAUGUUCUACGGAAUGUGCACCACCCGCGACAACGCAGUUUUCCCGAGCAGUCAUCGUUUGCUACGCACUACGAACAAGAAGGGUUCCCCACUUCAGUGGCAUACGUACGACCAGAUAAUUACUCCCCCGAUGUUUUACGGGGUCACGAACGGUUGUACAGCCCCGAUCUUCGGGGACGGGACGAGUAUUUAGCUUUCAGUCAGGACAUUGUCAACCAACAGGGUAACGUGAGCCCCGUGCCUCAUAAGACAAAGUUACGCUUCCCUCGCACGAACCCAGCCUACAUUGGCGUGUCGCAAAGGGACGGACAGAGGGCGUACAAGAAAAUUAACGUCGAGGUCCAGUCAGGCUACGACGUCCCGAUAUUCCAGGAUCCCAUGGUUUCCAGCAUGGGAAUCCAGACCUCGCAGUCGUACACGGACAAUCCGGAGAACUACAACAUAUACCACCGGCACGAGCGUUCCGACAGCGACACGUCGCACUCGUCCAACCGCAUGUACCCAGUCUUCUGCGACCGCACGGACAGCCAGGCAUCGUACUCGUCGUCGCGGAACCGCGAGCUCUCCGACAGCCAGUCAUCGCAAGGGUCGAUACGGAACAUGUCGGACACCCAGUCGUCGGCUGGGUCAUUACGGAACCUACAGGACAGCGCAGUGUCCGUGCAGGACAGCGUGUCAUCGAAGGGCUCGUCGCGGAGUGCCAGCCAGUUCGCGGCUCACGAACGCUCGGCCAGUCAGCUGUCGCAGCGGUCCGUCAGCGGCAUCAGCAGCUGCGACAACGAACACAAUCCCGAGUAUGCAAAUGUGCCAAUCACGAUGCCGAAGAUGCCAUCGGAGUUUCCGCCGAUGUACGAUCAGAAUAACUACAAGUACUCCUACCAGUCGAGAAACAGGAUACAGGACUCUGAAGGUACUCAAGAUCUGGGCUUCGAAGAGCCGGACAACAGCAGUGCGUUUUCGUCUAAUUCUCCACGACAGUUUAUACAGCCCUCUCCAACCCCUGCUCAACUGGAAAUCUUACAUGCGUCGCUGAGGAAGAAACGGUUGCCGGAGAAACAUGAGAUGCCCAUUUCUGUGAGUCCGAGCCUGGACAAAAACCAGGUGUUGCAGGCCGACCUGUCUCAGCAGCGUCCCCAGUCGAUGGUGGUCGCAUCGCAGUCAGACGCAAACAUGUCCAUGAGUCCCAGCUCAGGCUCUCUCAGCAGACAGAAACUGCCGUCUGAGAGUGACAUUGAGAGCUGUGCUGCACAACUAAACCGACACAAGAAGGGGCUGUUUGGCAAGAAGGUUCCACUCGGAAACAUGCUCGUCUGGUCAAAGGAUUUGAUUCAGAAGCCCAUGUUGAGAACAACUGACAGAAUUGUAAAGAAGGAAGCCAUUGAAGUCUUCAAACUGAUUCAGAUGUACAUGGGGGACAGGAAAGGACGUCAAUCACCCAUGAGUCAUGCACUUGAGAUCGUAACCAAGGGUUGGAGUAUUCCCGCCCUUCGUGAUGAGAUCUACAUUCAGCUCUGUCGGCAGACCACAGAAAACAAGAGAGAAGAAAGUCUCCAGCGAGGUUGGGAACUGAUGGCGAUAUGUCUGCACUUCUUCCCACCCACCAUAAUGUUUGACUCCUACCUGGAGGGAUUCAUCUCACGCCAUCUUGAUUCUUCUGAUAUUCUCAAUGUGCCUAUUAGCCAGUUUGCAAACCAUUGUUCACACCGACUAAAACGUGCCUUGGUUACUGGUGCCAAGAAAGGCGUUAGAAAACCUACAUUAGAUGAGGUGGAGCAGGCCAAGAUGUCGAUCUUUCAUCCAUCCAUGUUUAACAGCAUGUUGGAAGACAUCAUGCUCAUGCAGAAGGACCGAUUCCCAGAACGCACGUUGCCGUGGAUACAGACAACUCUGUCAGAGGAAGUGCUCAGGCUCAAUGGUACUAAAACUGAAGGUAUCUUCAGAGUACCUGGAGACAUAGAUGAAGUGAAUGCCCUGAAGACGCGGUGUAACCAGUGGAUGACUCCCUCCGACUGCCCUGACCCCCACGUGCCGGCCUCGCUGCUCAAACAGUGGUACCGCGAGCUGUACGAGCCGUUGAUACCGUCACGGUACUACGAUGAGUGCAUCGCCAAUCACACGGAAACACAGGCGGCGAUCGCCAUCAUCAACAAACUCCCGGAGAUCAACAGACUGGUGCUGUCGUACCUCAUACGCUUUCUGCAGGUUUUUGCAGCACCUGAAAUCGUUAGAUAUACCAAAAUGGAUGUUAACAAUUUAGCCAUGGUGAUGGCACCAAACUGUUUACGUUGUGAAAGCGACGAUCCGAGAGUGAUCUUCGAAAACACGAGGAAAGAAAUGGGAUUCCUACGUAUUUUAAUUCUCCACUUAGACACAAGUUUUAUGGAAGGUGUUGUUUGAUCGUGGCUAUCUUCAUAAAACAGUAUUUAUUACGAAGAAGAAAAACAAAACAAACAAUACAUUACACUGUUUCUGUUGGGUCCAAGAUGAAAUACAUGUUUCCAUGGUGUUUGGGUCAUCUUCGAUGAAAUGCCAAUCAUCUACAUAAAUGGUUGCUCUCAUUUCCAGACAGAAAUCCCCGACUUGAUGUUGAACAAAGCACGAUUCCUAACGUGUGUCUGCUGAUUCGUUCUUGUGUACGUUUGCGCAAGCUGUGUUGUGUUAACAUCUCUAUAUCAUCAUCAUCAUCAGUAAUAAUAAAACCAGCAACAAUUGUGAUAAACAAGGAUUUAUGUUAUUUCGCCUUCUGUGAUGUUUUCAUUCUCAAAAAUGAAAGAACAAAGGCUUUAAAGAUUUUUUUUUCUGAAUUUUUUUUAGUUUUUGCAACGUAUAAUCUUGCUUUGUAUUCAUUGAAUGCUUAUGUUCUUCCAUACAGCUGGGUGCUGAGAUAGUGAACAUAACAGUCAACGAAUGUCUCCUGACUUGUCAAUAUUUUGUAAUUGUGUUGUACCGUAAACUCACCAAGCAUACCUCAUCUCUCAUUUUACGGUAUUUUGUACAAGAUAUCAAUGUCUUCUUCCAUGCCUUUUUUUUCUUCAAUUUGUUUUUAAGUAUUUACAUUUUAGGCACUAGACUUAACUAUUUUUGGCUUAGACAGGAUAAUUUAAUCUUUUUGUUUUCUUUUAUGUAAAUUGUAUUCUGUUUGAAAAUCUAGCAUCUUAUAUUCUAUGGACUAAGAAAGCAUAGUUUGAACUGGGGUAAAAAAAAUAUUUGUACAAUAAAACAAAUUGUUUUUUGAAAUGUUUACUGAAAAUAACUUUCUAACAUAUUGUGAAACUAAACAGUGAAAUGCAACAAAAUAAAACAUUAAACAUGUAAAUUAGCAAAUUUAUUGUAAAAUAUAAUUACCAAUUCAGUUUUAAAAUUGGUAUUUGUUGGUUAAACAAAUUACCACUUCACAACAAAAAUCAAAAGAUGGCUUAUUAGCACAAUUAAAACCACGACAAUCUUGGUACCAAGCCGAUAAAGUAAACAUAUCACUUCUUCAUGUCUUUAGACAUAAUUGUAUACAAAGCUUUCUGUGCAACAUGGAAACUACAGAAGGAUUUUACAGAAAGUUUUUAUAAUUUGAAAAAUAAAUUUUACUGUUCCAGCACCAGAAAUAAACUUAUUGCAGCUAUCGAUUCCAAUGGUGCCAAUACACUAAGUUAAAAAAUAAUCUUGAAUCUUGUUAUUUCAGUAAUGUCUAUUACAGGGCACAGUAUAUGAACUUGUUGCAGUUUUUAGGGAGAUGCCUGCCUUAAUGUAGGCAUACACCUGUUGCAGUAAUAAAAUAUUGCUUAAACCAUCUUGUUGCAGCUGUUGUUGAUUUGACUAUUAAAUGACUUACUGCAGCUCCAGAUUCUCAUAGUGUCGAUACAAUGUACAUAAACACAUUGCAGCUCUUGAAUUGAGAAGUGUCAAUAUACACUACAUGUGUACAUGUAGAGAAAAGCAUAUUUCUGAAUUAACACAAUGCUGCAAAUUCUAUUAUGGAAGGCUUAUGUUAUGGAGGGCUUAUUGCAUUCAGGUAAAUAAAAUGAAAGUGAUGUUUUAUGGUUGUGAAAAGCAUGAGAAUCAAAUAUCAGAUUGUUUCCUUGUGGAAUCGGUUUGUAAACCAUUUGUGAUGAGGUAAUAACAAUAUCUGUGGUAUAUGUACAUAGGAACAAUAGGGCACGUUUGCUUUUAUACAGAUACUUAUCUAGCAUAAUGGUCGGGUAACAGGUUAUUAUCUUAAAAUGGGCAAUUAUUGUUUGAAGAUAAUUUUAAUAAAUGGAUGAAGUAUGAAAUUUAUUAGAUAAAAUAUUGUUAAAAGUGAAUCGUUGCUCGUUUUUCUAUCAGUAAAGAGUUGCUAGGUUUUUUUUUUAAGUGAUGUAUGUCUACAUGAAUGCUGUUUUGAUCUGAAUUUUACUUGUCUGCAGUUUCUGGAAUUCCUGGAAACUUCCAAAUGUUUUGUGAUUUUUACAUGUGUGCCAGGUAUUCAUGAAAAGUUAAAAUCAUUUUGGCAUGGAAAAGUACUUCAUUUAAGUUUUUGACAAUUUUUACUUUAUUUUUUCUAUAAAAUUAAAUGCAUCUAUGUAUAUUCUCUUAAUAUUUGAUCAAUGUCCUUUAAAAUCAUCCAUAUUGUGAGAAUCUUGACUUUUUAACUUUCCAUGUGCCUCAACUUCACCACAAGGCUAUGCUUAAAUCAUCAGAAUUUUUUUCCCAAAAACAACAUUUAACUACAUAUACAACAUGUAUAUAUUUGGAAAAUUCUAUAAAGUCCAGAAAUAUUCCCGUUCUCCAGUGUUUAAGAAAGAAAGAAAGAUGUUUUAUUUAACGACAUGCUCAACACAUUUAUUUACAUAUGGUUAAGGAUAACACAGAUAUUGAGAGAGGAAACCCGCUGUCGCCACUUCAUGGGCUACUCUUUUUGAUUAGCCCCAACCAGUGUUUAAGAAGACACUACAUAGAAUACCAAUGUUAAUGUAUGUGGCUAAAAAUACUAUCAAUCAGUUUAUAACCAUAAAUAUGAAUACUACAUCUCCCUCAAAGUAUUAACUGAAGACAGUGGAACCUUUCAUGGCUUAUUUUUAAUAUAAUGGUAUGUUACAAAAUUGUAGUACCUAGUUUUACAGGUACCCGAUAUAUGUGUGUUUCAAGGCUACUUUACAGGGACUCGUUGGCACAGUGGUACUGGAUGAAAUAAAGUUGCAUACAUUUAUUGCUCAGAUAAAACUAAUAUAUGGUAACGAGAAACACUGUCACAUUUAUCACCAAUGGCAGGGCUGGUAGUAUUAACUGCACUAUCAAUAGUUAGGUAACAUUUCAAACUUUGACUUGGCCAAAUGUUGUUUGGUAUUGUGCUGCCAGAAAUUAGUUUUGCUUAGUACGACCAUAAAGCCAAGCCCAUUAUGCAGUCACUUACACAACUAUAAAAUGAUGUCUUCCAUUGAGACAGCUACCUGCUUAAUACAUGUUGGCUAUAGGCUGUAUUCAUAACUGGGAGAAACAAGCUCAGAUCUAAGAGGCACCUAGGAGAUUCAGCCCCCACCGUUUCCCCACUAAUUAUAAAUUCGGGUUUCUUUUCUCUCUCUCUAAACCAAUGCCAUCAUGUUACAUAAUUGUGGAAUGGCCUCUUCUCAGAAUCCCAUGCCUUGAGACCACCGAGAAAGGCCCUUGCACCUUCUACACCUGGCAUUCCAUUAAUCUUGGAUCUUAACAUUUACCGUCAAACUCCCUCUUUCAAAACUAGAUCUGUCACUGAGAUACAUUGAGAGAGCCUUAUUAGAUGUGAUUUCUUGAGCCGGUUCCGAUGCUUCUGAGUUAUCAUUUUAGCAUUCAUUGGUUUUCCAUAGCUUGGAAUGCUUACAGUAUGUAACCUCAAUAAAGUACAUGUAGUUUGAACUCGACUGAAAUUUUUUGAAAUUAUGUUUUGUGAAACACCCAAAUCAUGCAGCAUUUAUUUUACUAAAUGACUUGCUGAGUUUAAUUUUUAAAAAAUUUCAAAUUAUUUUUUUUUUCUAAAAAAAAAAAUAGUUUGCAUUGUGACAAAUGUACGUUUUAAUUUUAUUGUUGUACAAAUUUAUAUAGUUACUUGUAUAUUGUGUAAAUGUAUUUAUCUCGGUCUGUACAUACAUUUAGCAAUACCUAUAUAUGCUUUGGACAGUUGUCUGUUGAGAAACUCAUGAAUGUGUGUACAGUAAAUGAUUUUUGUUGUUUAUUUAGUCUAGGCAUAACCAAUAUAGGUACACUGAAUGUGAAUAUUUAUUUCUGUUGUGUGAUUGUUUGUGUAAGUGGCGUGUGUUCGUCUUUAGUGCUGUAGUCAUUGCCUGUGAGUAGAAUUGUUGUAGCAUUCUGUACAUUAAUGCUGGAUGUACACAUGAAAAUACUGCUGUUAAUAAUACCAAUCAUGUCAUCGGUUUGAAAAAUUAAAAUUAAAUUGUUCAGCUAAAAUAUAUUCUUCCAAUAAUUGCAAGCAGAGAUGCAUAAAGUACUGGGGAAAAGAUUUUUAUUAAUAUUUCAACAUGCUGUUUAAGCAGUAGCUACUAUUAUUUGGUGUCUGCUUGGUUACAUUGUGAUACUUGGGGUAUAAACUAUAAGAGAAAGAAAAAAUGUUGAUGCCAUUUGGGAAGCAAGAAAUGUUUUAUUUAAGGAUGCACUCAACACAUGUUAUUUACAGUUAUAUAGCAUUGCACAGGAUUCGGAACUUAAGAAUACAUUACCUACGACAAGUUUUAAAUGUUUUUUUGCCAAAGGCAAAAUUAUCGCCAACUGCAAUAUUAUUCCUGCCUAUAGCAAUUUUAAAUCGGUAACCUUUGCAACAAAUAUAAAUACCCAACAUUAUCCCUUUAUCUAAUAGUAGUAAUUUUUAUCCAGCAGCAAAAAAAGUGCCAUUGGUGGAAGUCCCUGACCUACGGCAUUUUUCACUGCCGUUAAGUUCGAGCCCUGAUUGCACCUUUGGUUAAAUAUCACACAGAUAAUGAGAGGGGAAACACUGCCGCCAGUACACAGGCUGUUCUUUUUUAUUAGCAGCAAGAGAUCUUUUAUAUGUACUGUCCCAAAGAUAGGAUAGUACAUCCCAUGGCCUUUGUUACACCAACUGUGGAGCAUUGGCUGGAACAAGAAAUAAGCCAAUAGACCUACCGAUGGGGAUCAAUCAUGUUAGGCAAAUACAUCGCUACUGGGCUAUGUCCUUCCCCACUGACUCAUAGAUUAUUUUUAUAAUAGUACCGGUACUAAUUAGUUAAAGGUUUUUACUAAUUAGUUCAAAAGAUCUGUUGUAUACACUUUCCUAUCAAUAGACAGGAUACCACAUAUCACUGUGUUCAGUAUACCAGUUGUGGAGCAGUGGUGGGAAAUGGGAGACAACUCUUUCAGCUACUCUCUUACUGUAUAAAAAAUAAUAACACUUGUGGGUUAAUCUAAUAUGGAUUUAUCUUUGUGGUUCUAAUUUAGCCAUCCAAUAAUAAUAUAUGAAGUGCAGUGGACCACUUUAAUACAAUACACUGUGGGUUAUUUAUCGUGCUAGAAAUUAUUUAUCAUUGUCACAGCAAAACUGGCUGCUUUGGCAUAAUUACAGCAAAUUUGGGGGGUUUUGGUUGGUUUUUUGCACGACUUUGUCGGCUGAAAAAUAAAUGAAAAGUAUGAAAUACUGUAGAAUGAAUUUAAUUUCAUCAUAACUGAUUUUUCUUUCUACUUACCAAGACAUGUUUGAUUGAGUAAUAAUUAAAUUUUAUUAAAAAAAAGUAAUUUUGAGUUUUGCCCCCCGAAAGUUGUUUUUUCAGUUACAUAUUAAAAAUCUUUCAUACACGACUUUGUCAGCUGAAAAGUAAAUGUUUUUGGGUUUUUUAACUUAAUAUUUAUUACCAUCAUUUCAGUGGUUUAGAUUUGCCAGUGGGCAAAAGUGUAUGGUGAUUUUAUGACAUAUCAUUCAGGUUAGUGCAUCGAUUUUUUAUUUAAUUUAUUUAUAUUAAAUCAUAAUACUUUGCUAUUCAUAUAUUGGAUGAACUUUUUUGUUUAAUAAUGAAUGCUCAAUAUGAAGCAAUAAAAUGUAUUGGACAGAACACAGUUAUUAUUCUUAAAGGUACUUGUUCUGUGUCCUCCACACUGUACGUUUAAGGUAUUUCUGGUUAAAACUUAAACAUUCUUGUUUGAGAUAUUACAUUUGGUCUGAUGAAAAUUUAUUUCUCAUAGCAUAAUUGCCCAUAAAUAUGUCUGGCAUUAUUUCCCACUCCAAAAUUCUCAAAGCAUAUCUAGAAAUUAGUAAAUGUUAUUGAUUAUUCAAAAACUUCUGAAUGGCCAAAACAUCGCAACAAUAUUAGGAUGUAAAUGCAAGGAUGUGAUUUUGUUUUGGCUUUUUAUCAAAUUUCAGUUGGGGGUGGGGGAGAGGUGGGUGUAAAAUGAUUCUUAGCAAGAAAUUAAGUUUGAAGCAGAUGUAUUAUAUAGUGUUGUCAAAGGAGCAAGAUCCUUUAACAGUUUGACCCUCAAUUUUUACAGAACACAGUACAGGUGUGUAUCUGCAUCACAUAAUUAGGUUAAAUAAAGUUUUUAAAAAGAGGUGUGUAUAUAUAUAUAAUUGCCAAUAACUAGUCGAAAGCCUGAUUUCCAUAAAAUGUAAAACAUACAUUGGACAUUUUUGGUUGUUUUACAUAUGGUACAUACAUGUAUAUAUACUGAGAGAAAUAAAUAAAGGAACAUUUGGUGUUAUAGACCAAAUUUAAGUCAC